GGCGAAGGGCUGCUCUGUCUCAGCUUUAUUUAGCGAAAGGUUUCGCUCGCAGCCUGUCCCUGGGAAGGAUUUAGCCAGGCCGCGAAGUGGCGAUGUGAGGCGCGCCGUCAGCCCCGUGCUCAAAGCAGACAAAGAGGGGACACCGCAAAAGGAUGUUACAAUAAAACCCGAUGCCCCAAGCACGUUGCUUUCGGAGAAGCAUGCGGACUAUAUAGCUUCGUAUGGAACAAAGAAAGAUGAUUAUGAAUACUGUAUGUCGGAGUAUUUGAGGAUGAGUGGUGUUUACUGGGGGCUGACAGCAAUGGAUCUCAUGGGGCAGCUGCACCGAAUGAACAAAGAAGAAAUUCUGGCAUUCAUCAAAUCAUGUCAACAUGAAUGUGGUGGAAUAAGUGCCAGCAUAGGUCAUGAUCCUCAUCUUCUCUAUACCCUCAGUGCUGUCCAGAUUCUUAUCUUAUAUGAUAGUCUUCAUGUUGUUGAUGUAAAUAAAAUUGUUGAAUAUAUACAGAACUUGCAAAAAGAAGAUGGAUCAUUUGCUGGAGACAAAUGGGGAGAAAUAGAUACAAGGUUCUCCUUCUGUGCCGUGGCAACUCUUGCGCUUCUGGGAAAGCUGGAUGCUAUUGAUGUGGGGAGAGCAGUAGAAUUCGUUUUGUCCUGUAUGAACUUUGAUGGAGGAUUUGGUUGUAGACCAGGUUCCGAAUCACAUGCAGGACAGAUCUAUUGUUGCACAGGAUUUCUGGCUAUAACAGACCAGUUGCAUCAAAUAAAUGUUGACUUGCUGGGUUGGUGGCUUUGUGAACGUCAGCUACCUUCUGGAGGUCUCAACGGACGACCAGAGAAGUUACCUGAUGUAUGUUAUUCAUGGUGGGUGCUAGCAUCUUUGAAGAUGAUUGGUAGGUUACAUUGGAUUGACAGAGAGAAACUGCGCUGCUUUAUUUUGGCUUGCCAGGAUGAGGAGACUGGAGGAUUUGCUGACAGACCAGGAGAUAUGGUGGAUCCGUUUCACACCUUAUUUGGAAUUGCUGGAUUAUCUUUAUUAGGAGAAGAACAAAUUAAGGCCGUCAAUCCUGUCUUCUGUAUGCCAGAAGAUGUCCUUCGAAGAAUAAAUGUACAGCCUGAGCUUGUGAGCUAAGACUCGUAGAGACAAAAGGUUGAUAUGCCCAGUUGCUUUGGUUUUACUGAUUUAAGUAAUCUCAUCUCUGAAACUCUUAGCAUAUUCUCCGAGAUGUGUUUACAUUACAAAAGUAAAGCAAUAGCUUUACCGUGGGCUUUGUCACUUUGUAAACUGUAUCAGAACAGGCUUGCUCUAAUAAUCUGAGUGUAACAUGUUCUUUGGUUGUAUAUAAGAGAUAUAGAAACAUUUCUAAUCUGUAUCUAAAUAUAUGGGCCUUUGCAUUUUUUUUUUUUAAAUACUCAAGUCAAAGCAAUAGUGUGAAUGCUUAAUUUUGUAUUCCUGUGAUAUCAAUCAUGCUAGCAUCUGUCUUUACACAAGCGUGUUUUGAUGGUGGAUUACACAAAGCACUUUAAAGAAUGUGAAAAAAAAAACCCAAACAAAAACCCUACUUAAGCCAUGCACUUAAUGCCACACACUUGUGUAUUUAAUUCUUCCUGUUUAUGUUUGCCAUCACUUUUAUAUAUUGAGAAAUGAGCUUUUUCUUCUGAUAGUAAUCGAUCCCAGUGAAAACAAAAAUUAUGGUUCCAUUAAGUAUAUAAAUGUCUUCAUUUAUUGAUGAGUCCCUUAGGCAAAAUUUUGCUGAUAUUUGAAAUAGAGCAUAUCUUGAGUAUGUAUAGUGACACUUGCUAACAUUAAGCAUUCUAGAGAAGGUCUCCAUAGGACAGUAACUUGUAACUGAAUAUGAAGUUGAUCCUAAAUUUGUUGCUGGGUUGAAAUCCUGCUUUCGUAGCUUUUAAGACAAUAAUUGCCAACACUUGAUUAUGGUGUAAUUGAGAAUAAAACUAGCCAUGGAAAAUA